AAUCGAAUUAGAAAUAUCCAACUGGACGGUAAUUUGACAUGAAACGCGUCAACUUCACGCUGCUGAUUUGCCUACUGAAUAUCCUGCAACUUUGCUGCGAUGCUCUGAUCCAAGACAUCACAUGGUGCUCAUUGCCGAAAUGCAAAAUCAAAGAGAAUCACACAAUCUGCAAAUGGGGCAUAAUAUGCCCGCCUGAUCAAACAUGCGAAACCAACGUGAAUUUCAACAAGCAGAUGAAAGACUACAUCAUGGAGUUGCACAAUAAAAAAAGGAAUAUUAUCGCUCUAGGUGAGGAUGAACAAGUGCCGGAAAAAGUGCGCAAAGCUGCCGACAUGAACGUGCUACAAUGGCACGUCCAUCUGGAAUAUGUAGCCCGAUGCCAUUCCAGACAGUGCGACUUCAAUCACGAUGAGUGCCGAGUGGUACCCGACUUUGAUAGGGUUGGCCAAAACAUUUACACCAAGAGCUUUACGAAUAAGGAUCCAGACCAUGUGGAUACUAAAAGCAUCAUCGACCAAGGAGUUGAAGGAUGGUACAAUGAGAUCAAACACGCCACUGAGGACAUUUACAACCAAUGGGAUAAAACCUCUGAGAGCAGCGGUCAUUACACGCAGUUGAUCUGGGCUAAAACCACUCACAUAGGAUGCGGACUAUCUCAGACCAGAAACCACAAAAAGCUCACCUUCUACCUUGUCUGCAACUACGGGUUGCAAGGCAACAUCAAACAGAAGCCCAUUUAUUCAGUGGGAGAACCCUGUUCCAAGUGCCCAGAAGACAAAGAGUGCAAUCCGCAAUUCAAAGGACUUUGCGGCACCAUCGAGGCGUAUGCCUUUAAAUGCCCCUGCGAGGAGAACCAGGAAGGCGAAAAUGGUGAUUAGAUACGAAUUGCAGGUUUUGCUAAGCUUAUACUGUUUGAAUAUACAUUCAUAAGGU